AUUAGAGGUUCACGGUGCCAUAAGCUCUAUCCUUAUCCGGGAGAAAGCUAAGUCUCUACACACACGCUUCACGCCUGCAGCUAAGGAACCCGUACCCAGUACCAGUGCUGCUACCCCCACACCCGAGACACCUCCGACACCUUUCCAAGCCAGCAAGGGGUGGUUUGAGAAUUUCAAGCGUCGAUUUGGCCUGAAGAAUGUGAAGAUGACUGGGGAGGCUGCGUCAGCAGACACCAUGGCUGCAAAAACUUUCCCAGCAGAGUUGAAAGCAAUACUCGAGGAGCAGAGUUACAAGCCAGAACAAGUUUGGAAUAUGGACGAAACAGGUUUGUUCUGGAAAAAGACGCCACAGCGCACUUUCAUCGCCCAAGAAGAACGCCGUGCACCAGGAUUCAAGGCAGCCAAGGACAGGUGCACCGUGCUAUUUUGUGGCAAUGCUGCGGGUCACCUCAUUCGCCCAGGCUUCAUAUACAA